CUUAAGCAGAAUGUCUUCUGCACAUUUCGCCAAUCUCUCGGCCGCUCCAAUGCAAUCCAGGAGCGCUCCACUUCCAGAUUGGAUGCGAGUCGCUCCAUGGACCGCUACUUGCUCAAUUGUGUCGAGCUUAGGUCAGUGCGAAAACAAUAAGACCUCAAGCGAAGCGCAGACGCCGACCUCCGGUUGCACGCACGUACGUUGCACGCGCUCUUCAUUCAGCAGGCGCUAUAAAUGCUCGACCCAGUGCAUGUCCAUAAAAUCAAUCUCAUCGAGGUGUUGUUAGAGGAUGCGGAGCUCCACUGCCCGCCGGGGCGCUGCGUGGAGCCACCGCCCGAGGAUGAGGUCCUGGACUGGCCUGAAGACCGCAUCCGGGCCUACUUUGCACAGCAGCUGGCAGCGCUGAGCCUGGGGCCCUCGCUGCCCGGCCCGGCCGGCUCGCUGCCCUCCGAGCUCCCCUGCCAGGCGGUGCUGCCGGCACGCGCCAUCAGCGCUGACGGCGGCCCCGAACGCCACAGCGGCGGCACAGAGCUGCCCUCAGCAGCAGCCCCGCGUCCUGCCAGUGGUGCCGCUGAGACCGCUGAGACCGCUGAGGCCGCUGAGACCGUGGAGACCGCUGAAACCGCGGAGACCGCUGCUGCGGAGGCAACGUCCUCAGUCCGAGUGCCGGCGCCAGCAUCAGCCGCUGCAACAGGCCCGGCGGUCGAGACUGGUGACCACACGGGCGCCAGCAGCAGCUGUGGCUGCGGCGGUGAGGCCGAUGGCAGGGACGCGGCGCAGGACUUCGCCGAGGCUACUAGCGCCACCACUUCGACGGAGGGUGGCAGCGGCGGCAGCGGUAGCAGCAGCGGCAGUGGCGGCAGCAGCGGCGCAGCGCAGCUGACAGAGACUGAGUGGCAGCAGCUGUUCCAGCGCUGGUUUCCGGGACUUCCAGCCAGCGGCACCGCAACGGCCUCGCCAAGGAUGCGAGUGCUUGCGUUUCAUAGCUCCGGCAACGCGGAAGACAUGUGGACUUCCGAGGGCACGGGUGCGCGCCGAGCCAAGAGCCCACUCCUGGAGUGGUGUCGGGGUCGCGAUGUGGAGCUGCUGGCGGUGCAGCUGCCUGGGCGGGCUGCGCGGCUGCGGGAGCCGUUCCUGGACAGUGCGCAGGACUUCGCUGCCCAGCUGCUCCCGGUGCUGGCGCCGCUGCUGGCGCAGCGGAAUGUGCCGUACGCCCUGGUGUCCCACUCGCUGGGCUGCUGGCUGGCCUUUGAGCUGCUGCGGGCGGCGCGCGCCGCCAGGCUGCCGGCCCCCGCCGCCUGGUGCCUGUCCGCCAUGCCGGCGCCCGACCUGCCGGAGGCCCAGCGGCCGUGGCGCCAGCAGCGCAGCCUGGGAACCGCUGACUUCCAGGAGGAGGUGCGUGGCUGGGACGUGAACGAGGUGGUGUUCUCGCCGGACAUGUGGCAGAUGUACGAGCCCAUCCUGCGCGCCGACUUCAAGUUGUUUGAUGAAUACCAGAUGCUGCCCAGCGGCAGCAGCCCGGUGGCGGUCGGGCGCACGGGCGGAGCGUUACAUGACGUUGCGGUCUUUGACGACCUGCCCAUCACUGCCUUCUACGGCACACGCGACCGGCGGGUGACGCCGGCGCUGAUGGAGGGGUGGCAGCGCUUCACGACGGGGCCCUUUCAGCUGCUAGCAGUGCCAGGCAACCACCUGUGGCCCCUGAACGACCGGGACUCCAAGGCCGCGUGGCUUGCGUGCGUGGUGGCAGCGCUGCAGGACGUCGCGGAGGACACGGGGCUGUCGCGUGUGGGCGCGUAGCGGGGGACCUCAUGCAGAGGGCCUCCGGCGAUUGCAGCACACUAGGGCAACUGGGCAAGCAGCGCACGUGCCUGUGGCGUUAGUCCAGCAAGGCUUGUUCUCUUUGAGCCCGUCUGGGACAUCGCCGCUGAGUGGUAACGCUGGUUGGAGGUGUGUGUCUGAGGGGGAGGGGUUGGGGUGUUGUUGGUGGGGGUUAACGUGGCGGCCGCAGCGAGGGGCUGAAGCCACACGGCGUGGACGCAGGGUCGGGCAGGCCAACUUCGCUGGGCCGCCAAGCGUGGGUGAUGUCGUCGAGCAGCAUGCCGGCAAUUAUGUCCUAGUAAUCUGUUUCUGUCUGUUUCAUGCGUGGUGCCGGUGCGCCGGUUGCAUAACUGGUGGCCGCCGGCCCGCGCUGGCUGACAAAGGGUUGGGAAGGGUGGGUCUGGUCGCUGAUUUGAUAGCUCUAGGUUCACACAGCUGCAGACCAUUUGACAUUUUCGAAACGAAAUGAUGUCGGGGGCGAGGUGUGGCCAGGCUGGCGUCGACCUUGGACUCGAGGAGCGAGGUUAUAUUUCCACUCUCGUUCGCCGGUUCGCGUUAGCUGACCUGAGUUGAUGCUCCGCAUAUUAUAUUAUUUAGAAACUGGUGGAAGGCAGCGAGGCCGGCGGUCCCACACCUGCCGGCGCCGGCGCCGUUAACCAGUAAGUUUUGAUGUUUUGUGUAUGCAUAACCCCUGAGCAUGUAAGCAGCCUCAUUG